AUGGCACCCUUAAAGACCUUGCUGGCCUUGGCUGGCUCAGGGUUGACGCAAUUGGCUUUCGCUAAGUUGGUUCAAUUUGAUCUCGAUCUUACUUGGGAAAAAGGCGCUCCGGAUGGCAAUGUUCGGGAAAUGGUUUUCAUGAACGGUCAAUUUCCCGGUCCUGAAUUACGACUAGACCAAGGUGACGAUGUUGAGGUCACCGUUCACAACCACCUACCAUUCAAUACCUCCCUUCAUUUCCAUGGAAUUGAACAACUCAAUACCCCAUGGUCAGAUGGCGUUCCAGGGUUAACCCAGAAGCCCAUUGAGCCGGGUCGCAAUUGGACAUAUCGGUGGAAGGCCACCCAGUAUGGAACCUAUUGGUACCAUUCCCAUGCCCUUGGGGAGAUGAUGAAUGGUCUCUAUGGCCCGAUCUGGAUCAAUCCGGCACCUGAAACGCCGCAGCCUUUCCAUCUCAUCUCAAGUAACCCGGCCGACAUCGAAGCCAUGCAACGGGCAGAGAAGGAUCCACAGUUGAUCAUGUUGUCUGAUUGGGAUCAUUUGACCUUUGACCAAUAUCAGAAGCUGCAGGUGGAUAGUCAUAUGGAAGUCUUUUGUAUGGACAGUGUUCUCAUCAACGGCCGUGGCGCAGUUUACUGCCCCGGAGGUGAGAACAUCUCUAAUGUUGAGCUCAGUUAUAUAAAAACUGCUAUGGACCACACGCCUUUGACAGAUAAAGGGUGCUUACCGAACAUCUACAAGGUGCAGGGUGAUUUCCCCCCGUAUGACGAGACGAAGAUCCCUCAGGGCGUCAACUGGGGAUGCCAACCCACGACCGGAAAUCACGAGAUUAUUGAGGUAGAUGGCAAUGCUGGUUGGGUGAGCUUGAAAUUCAUCAGUGCUGCCGCUUUGAAGGCUCUCAUUUUCUCUAUUGAUGAACACCCGAUGUACAUCUACGAAGUAGACGGCAGCUAUGUGGAGCCUAUGCUUGUCGAGGCCUCUAGUAUCUACACCGGCGAACGAUACGCAGCGAUGAUCAAGCUUGAUAAGCCUUGGAAAGACUAUACCAUUCGAGUCCCAGAUACCCAGGGUGACCAGAUCAUUUCUGGUUUCGCUACCAUGCGCUACAAGAGCUCCACGAACCGUGACCCGUCGCGCCCCUAUGUCAACUACGGUGGAACUAAUACAUCUGCUUCCGUUGUGUAUAUGGACAACAGGGCAAUCCACCCAUACCCUGCCGUUACUAUCCCCGACAAAGCCGAUCAGCUUGUUAAUCUGACCCUUGGUCGCUCAGGCUCGUCCUACACAUUCACUAUCUCUGGUGGCCACCUGUGGAACGAGAUGGCUAACUUGGAUAACCCGAUUCUCUACGACCUCGAAGGCAAGAAUAACUUGGCACCUGAGCUUAUCAUCGAAACCAAGAAUGGCACCUGGGUCGACAUUCUUCUGCAGCUCGGUCAUUUCCCUCACACAGCCGACGUAACCGGUGCGCAUGUCAUACAUAAGCAUUCUAACAAAGCUUUCAUUCUUGGUGUCGGCCCCGGAUUCUUCAACUGGGCCAACACCGAGGAAGCAAUUGCUGAGCAUCCUGAGUAUUUUCAGCUGCAGAAUCCUUCCAUGCGAGACACUUUUGUUACUCAAGGCAACCGCGGCUCAACAUGGAUGAUUAUACGUUACCAGGUGAUUAAUCCAGGGCCCUUCAUUUUCCACUGUCACCUUGAGACACACAUGGCGAAUGGCAUGGCCGUCGCUCUGCUCGAUGGCGUGGAUGCCUGGCCUCAGGUACCCGCGGGUGAGGACCAAAGUCCUAACCCGAUUCCGGCCUCCAUUCCAGUCUCUGCUCCAAGCAGCAGCCCCAGUUCCCAACCGAUUUCUCCUUAUUUCGAACCAUCUUCUACACCUCUCGUUGAGCCAUCCACUUUCAGCUCACAGCCAUUUCCAUCGAGUAUUUGGCCGUUCACACCCUAUGCUCAAACCCAUACUCCCAACCCUGGGCUGUACACACCCAGCGCUCAGUCGCCUGCACCCUCUUCCCAGACUACCCCUAAUUAUCAAUCCUACACCUCUAGUGCCCAGUCUCCUGCACCCCAGUCUGAGACUUCGGAUCCAUAUCUUGAGCCUCCGUCGGAGACUUCGGAUCUAUAUCUUGAGCUCCCGUCGGAGACUUCGGAUCUGUAUCUUGAGCCCCCGUCGGCCACUUGGCUUUCAAGACACAAAAAGGAUCGCCGUGCUAUUGAAAAAUUGCGCCAAUCUGAAGGCGAGGACGCUGAAAAGAGACGCAAAGCCUAUCCUCAUGAAGUUACCUUGAUUGAGGAAAAGAAAAUUCACAAAAAGUUAGCGGGAAAGCCUCAGUGA